AAGACCCUAGCACCCCAGUCUAUGGAGCCGGUCUCUAUACAAAAGCCGCCACCAACUGGCCCAUAUGGCCACCUCGGAGCCGUCCUCUGUACGAAAACCCAACCAUGGCCUGCCUGAGCCGCCCAGUGAGCAAGGCCCACCUGCCAACUCGCCCAUGUGGCCCUCAGAAGUCCCCUCUAUGGAAAAAGGCCACCAUGGCAUGCAUGUCCUCAUCAGAGCCGCCCUCUAUGCAAAAGCUCUCAUGGAGCGGAGCUCCGAGGGGCCAUGGUGGGGCAUUUGCAUGGAGGGGAGCUCCAAAGGGCCCAGGCAGGCCAUUGGGGAGUUUCUGCAUGGGGGCUGGCUCUGAGGUGGGCCAGGCAGGCCAUG